CAGCGGCGCACCGAAGAGAGGCAGGCAGCGUAGAAAGAAGAAAAGGCUAGACUACUCCAAACAAAAAAAUAAAAUAAAAUAGGAAAAACAACCAGACGAAGGCACAGCGCGGACGGGGAGGGCAAACGCCACAGCCAGGAGAUAAAAGGAUUACAAACAUCCGUAACUGAGAAAUAAAGAACUAAACAGGCGAUUUGAUGGUGUCUCCACACAGAAGUCACCUAACGGACCGUAUCGAGGGGAGGAAUUUAAAUGCGCUCGGAUAAACCAUGCACAAUCUGUGGCUUCUAACUUUGGCGUUCAGUUUUCACAAAGUGUGGACGGCGAGGUUCUCUCAGGAGCCUGCAGACCAGUCGGUGGUGCUGGGGGAGCGGGCGGUCCUCUCCUGUGUGGUCUUCAACUACACUGGCAUAGUGCAGUGGACCAAGGACGGCCUGGCGCUGGGCAUCGGAGAGGAUCUCCGUGCCUGGCCCAGGUACCGUGUGUUGCGCAGAGUAGAAGCAGGACAGUACAACCUGGAGAUCUCGUCAGCAGAGCUUUCAGAUGACUCGCUAUACGAGUGCCAAGCUACAGAGGCAGCGCUGCGCUCUCGAAGAGCCAAACUCACCGUGCUCAUUCCUCCAGAUGAGCCGGUGAUAGAUGGGGGCCCCCAGAUCCUGCUGACUGCAGGGGUCCCCUAUAACCUCAGCUGCGUGUCCCGCGGAGCCAAACCUCCUGCCCACAUAGAGUGGCUCAAAGAUGGAGUCCCACAGGAGGGUGCCUUCAGUAUGACUGAGGUCCUGGCAGACAGGAAGAGGGUAACGACACGCAGCUUCCUUCCUGUUCUGCCCGUGGACACCGACACAGGCCGCAACUUCACCUGCGUCACCAGCAACCUGGCCAUACCUACGGGCAAACGCACCACCGUGUCCCUCAACGUGCACCACCCCCCCACAGUGACGCUGUCCAUCGAGCCUCGCUCUGUGCUGGAGGGGGAGAGAGUCACCUUCACCUGCCAAGCCAACGCCAACCCCCCCAUCAUGGGCUACAGGUGGGCGAAGGGGGGGGUGCUGCUGGAGGGGGCGAGGGAGAGCAUUUUCGUGACGACGGCGGACCACUCCUUCUUCACCGAGCCCGUGUCCUGCCAGGUGUUCAACGCCGUGGGCAGCACCAACGUCAGCAUCCUGGUGGAUGUGCACUUUGGUCCAGUCCUAGUGGUGGAGCCCCGCCCCCUCACAGUGGACAUUGACUCUGAUGUCACACUCAACUGCAAGUGGGCCGGCAACCCUCCUCUCACCCUAACCUGGACCAAGAAGGGCUCCAACAUGGUACUCAGUAAUAAUAACCAGCUCUACCUGAAGUCGGUCAGCCAGGCGGACGCCGGUCAGUACGUGUGCAAAGCCAUCGUCCCUCGCAUAGGUGUCGGGGAAACAGAAGUCACGCUCACCGUAAACGGACCCCCCAUCAUCUCCAGUGAGCCCGUCCAGUACGCCGUGAGGGGGGAGAGAGGGGAGGUCAAGUGCUACAUCGCCAGCACCCCUCCCCCAGACAAGAUUGUGUGGGCGUGGAAGGAGAACGUGUGGGAGAAGGAGAAGGGCACUCUCCUGGAGCGGUACACGGUGGAGCAGAGCAAGCCUCACUCUCAGGGCGGAGCCGUGCUCUCCACACUCACCAUCAACAACGUGAUGGAGUCCGACUUCCACUCGCCCUACAACUGCACCGCCUGGAACGCCUUCGGACCCGGCACCAUGAUCAUCACGCUGGAGGAGAAGAAGAUUGUACCAGUGGGGAUUAUCGCGGGCAGCACUGUGGGCGCUUCCAUCCUGCUGCUGCUCUGUCUGCUGGCUCUGGCACUCUUCCUGUACCGCCAACGCAAAGGCAGCCGACGGGGGGUGACGCUAGGGAAGCCGGACAUCAAGGUGGAGACGGUCAACAAGGAGACGCACAUUCUGGAGGACGACGCCUCCACCGUCUCCACGGCGACGCGCAUGGUCAAGGCCAUGUAUUCUUUUUUGCCCUCUGUUUCCCUCUCUCCUUCCACACAGCCCUUCAAGGAUGACAUGGAGCUCAAACAGGACCUCCGCAGCGACACGCUAGACACCCGCGAGGAGUACGAGCUCAAGGAUCCCACUAACGGCUACUACAACGUGCGCGCCACCACGCACGAAGACGCCCGGCCCUCCUCGCGCUCCAUGCUGUACCCGGAUUACCGAACGACCAACCCUGCGGGCCCCCCGGGCGGGGCCGGGGGCGGGGCCGGAGUCGGGGUGGGGGUGGGGGUGGGGGUGGGGGCGGCGGCCGCGGCCGCGGCGGGAGGGGCGGGCGGGGCCAGGGGGGGCUGCUUCGACCCCCGCCCGCCGUCCAGGCUGUCCCACACCAGCUACGCCCAGUUCAACACCUUCACGCGGGCCGGUCAGCCCCAGCAGGCCCCGCCCAACCCCGCCCCACAGACCACGGGGGAGUUCCCCGGGGACUGCGGACUGCUGGACACCUCCGCCCAAUUGGCCUACGACAGCUACGGCCCCACCCACUACCCCUACCGCCUGGGCUUCGCCCCGCCCAUGGAGGGCGGCCCGUCCUAUGAGAUGUAUGGGGCGGGGGCGGGGGCGGGGUCAGCAGAGACUGUGCUGGGAAAGUACGGAAGCUCCGCGCGCUUCUCCUACACCUCACAGCCCGCUGACUACACGCACCGACACACACAGAGGAUGCAGACGCACGUGUGAGAGUCACACACACACUAAACACUACACACACUACACACACACCCACACACACACACACACACCCACACACACACACACACCCACACACACACACACUAAACACUACACACACACCCACUCACACUACACACACUAAACACUACACACACUACCCACACACCCACGCAGACCCACACACUGCACACACACCCACCCACACACUACACACACUAAACACUACACACGGUACAGACACACCCACAUAAACACACAGAGGAUACAGACGUACGUGUGAGAGUCACACACACACUGACCACUACACACACACCCACACACACAGACACACACACUAAACACUACACACACACCCACACACACAGACACACACACUAAACACUACACACACUACACACAGAGGAUGCAGACGCACUUCUGAGAGGUACACACACUACACACACACACUACACACAGAGGAUGCAUAAGCACGUCUUGAGAGGUUCAAACACACAUACUAAAGACACUAUACACACACAGUACACACCCACACACAUACACACACUAUACACACACACAGACACACCUACACACAUAAAGACACACACAUAGAAUGCAAACCCACGUGAGAGGCACGUACACAAACACACAUAAUCACACUACACACACUUACAUAUGUACAUAUGCACACACAUAUGCCCUAUACACUAUAUACUACACAGACAGAGACAUGCACACUAUGCACUAUACACACAGGUACACACACACACACACACACACACACUGCACAAUCAUGCACACACACACACCAAACACUCUGAAAGCGAAAGUCACAAUCAAGAAAGUUUAAAGAUGGACGUCAGUAUCAAUAAUAGAGAGAGAAGACUGAAUAAGUCUGGGGGAGAAUGCAUCCAUCUCCUUCACAUCUCCCUUUUUUAACUUCUCUCUUUUCCUCUCCCCCACCCUCUUAUUCUCUCCCUCAAUAUCUCUCUCCCUCCCUCCCAUUCUUCCCCUUUCUUCCAUCACUCUCCCCGUUCUCUCUCCCUCUCUACCUCUCCCUCCCUCUCUCUUCUCUUUCUCUCUCCUCUCUUUCUAUUACCUCCUUUGUAAAUAAACCCAGUAGAGACAAAUUUAAAGAGUGAAAAUAAAUAAAAUAAAUGUUUUUAAUUAUAAUCUUCCCUUGUAAAAAGGUAUACAGUGAAAGCACUAUAGACACUCCAUAUCUCAUCCUUGCAACCUACCACAGUAAACUCCAGCAUGGAAACCAAGCCACGCCCCCCCCCCCCCUGAGCGACCAAACCACACCCAGUCCAUUCAAAAAAGGCCAGUUGAAAACUCUCCUGUAAUUGUCCACUGAAGACAAAGUGCCAAGAAUGAGCCGCCAUUUUCUUCAUGCCAACUGAAAAAUGUUUGAAGAGUCGUUUCGACGCGCUACGUGGUACAUGGGGUUUGGAAGCCGUGUUCUGUUUUUAACCAUAGUUCACCGUGGUCUCUAUGUGAGUUGGGGACUCCAAAAUUUGUAGAUACCUGAAUAUUAGCGUACUUGUCUCUCUCACUUGCACAGUAGACUAGAAAUUAGGUUUUUUCAUGUUUAUAAGUAAACAGUAAAAAAAAAUGACAUUUAGAGGCAUUUUUACAGUAUUUUUAUAAGGAGUUGUGGACCAAAGGUUCAAAGUUAUGUGUGACAUUUACUUCAGACUCAAAGCAGGAAGUAGAUCUGAAUCAGACUGAGAGGGAGAAGUCCCAGGAUGCACUUGGGCUGAGGGUGGGGCUUGAGAGGACACUCCGGAGGAGAACUCGCUCUGUACUUUUUCAGAGACCACACCCCCGCGUCAGUGACUGACAGGUGUUCGCGGCUGACGCCCUCAGCAGACUCCCUGGUGGAAGAAGUGUGACUCGGAAUUCAUAACUUUUCUUCUUUGAUUUUUUUUUAAUUUUUUUUUAAACAUUCUUUCUGCUUGUUUUUUUGUUCGUUUUUUUUACCUGAGGUAUUGAAUAAUUGGGUUUUUUUGGAAGGAUAAAGGAAUGUAUGACCAGGCUACUGUAUGUGUAACAUACAGCUUUCUGUGAGAGGAGGGGCAUGGUGGGAGGGGCAUAUACAGGAAGGGGAGGGGCUUGUGUUUGAGCCGAACCUCCAAUGCCACUCUCAGUACAGAUGAUUGACAGGGGCAGACCUCAUGAACGCAAUGCAUAACUGUAUAAAACCGUGUGUGAACACACGGCCCUGUGUGACUGUGACUGUGAUUGUGUAACUGUACGUGAUUGUGUGGCAGUGUGUAACCGCGUAUGCCCAUAUGACCAUGACGAUAUGCAGUCACUGAGCAUUUUAUUAGGAACACCUGAACACCUACCUAUUCAUACGAUUAUCUAGUCAGCCUAUUGUGUGGCGGCAGUGCAAAUGCAUAAAACCAUGCAGAUACGGGUCAGGAGCGUCAGUUAAUGUUCUCGUCAACCAUCAAGACGGGAAUGAAAUGUGAUCUAAGUGACUUUCACCGUGGAACGAUUGUCGGUGCCAGACAGGGUGGUUUGAGUGUCUCAGAAGCUGCUGAUCUCCUGGGAUAUUCACGCACAGUCUCUAGAGUUUGCAGAGAAGGGUUCGAAGACUGAAAUACAUCCAGUGAGCAGCGGACAGAAACGCCUUGUUAAUGAGAGGACCAAACUGGAGAGCCUAACUGGUCAAAUCUGCCAGGAAGGUGACAGUAACCCAAAUAACCACACAUUACGAGAGAGGCAUGUGGAAGUGCAAACCUCUAAGUGGAUAGGCUACAGCAGCAGAAGUCUAAAAAAUAAGCCUAAUGAAUACCCAAUAAAGUGGUCAGUGACUGCAUAUCCUUGCGUACGUAUGGGUGUGAGACCACAUAUACGAUUUGAUGAUUGGGUGACCCUAUAUUUGACCCUAUAUUGUAUAUGCCACCGUAUGUACGCCUGUGGGAUUAUAUAUGUGACUAUGUUGGCUGCCAUAUGCAUGCCUGUACAUGACAGUAUGUACAAUGGUGUGACAACCUGUGUGACCAUAUGUAUGCCGGUACGUGACCAUAUGUGUCACAGUACGGCAGUACGGAUGACGAUAUUGCAGUGUGUAAGACCAUAUGACAGUGUGACCGUGUGACAGUGUGUAUGACUGUGUGACUGUGUGUCUGACUGUGUGACCGUGUGUGUGACCGUGUGACAGUGUGUAUGAAUGUGUGUCUGACCGUGUGAUGGUGUGUAUGACCUGUGUGACCGUGUGUCUGACCAUGUGAUGGUGUCACAAUGUGUGAGACUGUAUGACAGUGUGUAUGACCUGUGUGACUGUGUGUCUGAUCGUGUGAUGAUGUGUCUGAUCGUGUGACAGUGUGUCUGACCGUGUGACAGUGUGUGUGAAUGUCUGACCGUGUGAUGAUGUGUAUGAUUGUGUGACUAUUUGUCUGACCGUGUGACUGUGUGUCUGACCGUAUGAUGGUGUGUAUGAUUGUGUGACUGUCUGACUGUGUGAUAGUGUGUAUGAUUGUGUGACUGUCUGUCUGACUGUGUGAUAGUGUGUAUGAUUGUCUGACUAUUUGUCUGACCGUGUGACUGUGUGUCUGACCGUAUGAUGGUGUGUAUGAUUGUGUGACUGUCUGACUGUGUGAUAGUGUGUAUGAUUGUGUGACUGUCUGACUGUGUGAUAGUGUGUAUGAUUGUGUGACUGUCUGUCUGACCGUGUGACUGUGUGUCUGACCGUAUGAUGGUGUGUCUGAUGGUGUGUCUGACCAUGUGUCUGACCGUGUAGGUUCCUCAGACUGACCAUGUAGCAUCUUUUCCUCUCUGCUUUCGCUGCAGUUUUUUCAGACAAAACUUGAUUUUAUCUUCCAGAGCUGCCGGUUUUUUUUGUUUUGUUUUUUUCCAUAAAAUUCCAUGGAAACGAGUUCCUGUGAAAUGUGGUUUCCAGGAAUGGGGUUUCCGACCUUAUUUCUUUUAUUGCCAAUUUAAAAUUUCAUACAUUAUUUUUUUAUUGUUCAUGAAUGCCUUCCUAUUAUGAAUUCAGUACCUUUAUGUUAGUAUUACUCUGAUGAGGAUUAUGACUGUAGUAAUAUACACGUGCCAUAUUAUCGUUGUUUAGGGUUAGGGUCGCUCCUCUGACUCCCUUUCACACUUUUGCGGAAAAUCUGCUGCUGUUACCAUAACAACAGAAGGUCCCAGUCUCUAAGGCGAGUGACCAAUCAGCGAAUGUGCAGGACGGGUCUCGUUGCUUUGGAGGGAGAUUCAAAUGUGUUCUCUCCUGCGAUUGGCCAGGAGCGUGCCUGUAUUUAAAUGCCCGGGUGGGGUAGGAUGCAGAGCAGUUUUUUUUUUUUUUUUUACGUUUAUGGCCUGUUUGUACAUUCAAUGAGUGUAGAGGCUCCAAUGAUGCAGUCGCGGUCUAAUUUGUGUGCGUGUUGUAUUGGCUGUCUGUAAGGCGGCCAUGUGGCUGAGUCCACGCUGUCUGGAUCGUGAGAUCACAUGACCGUGCUGUCUCUAGCAGAACACGGCCUGUGUGGAGAAGGUAAAAAAAAAAGAAGAAGAAAAAAAACAACAACGGGGAUGACUUCACCUAUAUCUCCAGUGCAGAAUAUACACGUGUCCCAGAUCUGACGGCGUAGAGUAGACGGUCUGUCUGUGUACAGUAAGGGGUGGGGCCUGAGCCAGAGCCAGCUUCUCCCAUCGGGAGCGGGGUGGGGACUGUUUAUUUUUGGUGCGUCUCCAGACUUCACUCGGCGUCUGUCUCCAAAGCAGCGGCGGGGUUUUCCCGCAAAGGUGUGAAAGUACGGUGGAUACGCGUGGACGGCACGGGAGGUGCGCGCUUCGGCUAACCGCGGCUGUUCCGCAACACGCCCGCUCGGUUCAGUGUGCGUCCGCGUGUUAAUCUGGGUGCCAAAUGCCUGAAUAUUAUAACAAAAAAAAAAACAACAAAAAAAAAUACAACAGCCAUUUAUAUGCACUAGUAUGUGUUUGUGUAUUAGAGAGAGUGUGUGUUUAAUAUACGUCCUUAUGAGAGAGUGUAUUUGCGGCCCUUUCUGCAUACGUGUGUAUAUUUCAAUGAAUGUGUGAUGAGUGCAUAUUUUGUGUAUAUCUGUGGGUGUGUGUAUGAGUGUGUUCUUGUGUGUGUGUGUGUGCAUUGUGUGUGUGGGGGGAGGAGAUAUUGGGAGGUAUAGGAGGGGGUGGCCUUAAAAUAGACCUCAGCCUUCACCUCAUAGAAAAAAAGGCUCACGUGUGAACAGCAAAUGAAAUAUGAUUUUAGAUUAUUUUAAAAUCAUGAUUAAAAAAAAAUCUGCCAAUCUUGUCCUGCACUGACUGAAAUGGUCAGAGUCAGAAAAAAAACAGCUGUUUAAGGUAACAGGUCAUCUGUUUCUGCAGAGGUACGUUAUUGACCUUAUUUUUAUUUAUGUCGGUUUCACCCUCAAGUCUUUUUGUGUGAGUGAAGGUGUGUGUACCUGUAGGCUGCGUGUGUGUGUGUGUGUGUGUGUGUCUCAGAAAGACUGGUUCCAUUGUAAUAGACCAUGUCUGUUCCUACAUCCACUCCAUUUCUCCCAUUCUUUUAUAUUCAGUGAUAGAACUGUGCUCUGUAUUUAGUGUGUUUAUGGGUUUAAACAAUAUUAUUCUUACUGUAUACUGUUCUUAAAGAAAAAAUGUACAAAAAGGAAAAAGGUUAUUCAUUUUUCCUUUAUUUUAUUUUAUUUUAUUCAGUAUUUUUUCAAAUUGUAUGUAAUUAUUUUUUCACGUUAUUACCGAAAUAAACACUGCUUUCAUAACAA